AAUGCGAUGUACAGUGUCAGGCUGUCACUGUAGAUAGAACACUUAUCUAUGUCCAUAUACAAUGACCCAGUAGAUACCAACACUGUUAUCAGUGAUCGGAGUUCACCGCCAUUAUAGACUAAAGAUCUGUUCUGUGCGAUUUUCGGAAGUGGCCGAUCUGAGGGUUUAGACCAUGAGGUGUCCGUCACUCUAUGUUGCUAUGGUGAUUACCAUGGCGAUUGCUCCUGUACUUGGGCAACAUGGCUGGGACACGACAGUAUGCACACAACUGACAGUGGACCAAAAUGAUGCCACACAUAAGCGGCCAAACCUCCCUAAGCAGUUCAGCGUGAGGGUUGAGGCCAACAUCCUCGACAAGAACUACACCACCGACAUUCGGGAGUGGUACGACGAGGUCAACAACAAAGGCGCCAUCGAUCAGUUUGAGCAGGGAGUUGAGGCCAUCGCCAUAUACGACUACGACCUCAACGAGCUGAUUGUGGUCAUACCAAUGCCAGAUUCCAGUUUCCAUUGCACGGUGACCGAUCUGGCCCAGGAUCCAAACAGGUUCAUUUUCGGCGCGAAGACGUACGCCAAUGGAACUGACCGGAUCUACACUGCAGCUGGAGCAUUGCGGUUUGGUGGGUCGACGCCGGAGAAGUAUAUAGGGAUACAGACUGUGCGAGGGGUACUGACAGACACGUGGCAGUCUUGUGUAUAUUGGGCGGAUAUGGACGCCACCAUGACAGUUCUUUGGCACUUCUCGCGCGUAGAUUGGCAGACUUCCCAGGAUACACCACAAGUCCCUGUUCGAUGUCACGUGACGGGGAAAAUCUGGAACGGCACAGUGUCAAGGAACUUUGAGCACAUAUACGAGUUCGCAGAAUACAGGAACUCUUUGGAUGGAGAAACUGAGAGGUUUGAGACUCCCCAGGGAGCCUACUGUCAUGGGAUGAAAACACGGACCAAGCCGCCCACACCGUCCAACACAUUUAGCUUCGGGGCAGAGGUCCAGGUUCCCGAAGCCUUUCAAAUAUCCUACAUGACGGAAUAUUUUGACCAUGAUAAUAAACUUGUCAAGUUGGAGUACACGCCAAGUAACUUGGAAGGCCCUGGCGCAGACAAACACAGAACUACGGAAAUUCAUGAUUUUAAUACUGGGAUUUCCUAUAUCAGAGACGAGAUUAAUAACAACUGUUCGGUCGGUCUGAUUGCCUCUUCCGGGUUCGAUGCUGAAACAUCAGGACCAACUUCUGUGCGCAUGCGGAGUAGCUCAGAAUUCUUUUUUACGAACAAGACUGAUUUCAUUGCCUACGAAGGCCUCAGAACAAUGCGUGGAAUAGAGUGUGACGUGUGGAUCACGGACAAGGUCAACUGGCCAGUGGGCAGCGCCAUGAACACCACGUGGGAGUGGUACUUCGCCAGACAAGAGUGGCAGGACAACACCGGAAACAAUUUCGAGAGUCAGAUGCCUGUUGGGAUCAUCAUAACAAUGCACAUGCAACCGGUACGACACUACAUCUACAACAUCUACGACUACAACGAGGAGCCCCCUGUCAUCUGGUCAUUUGACAUUGGCAAGUGCUACAACUCCACAGAGAAGCAGUUCCAACAGUUUCUGCUGCAAGGUAACUUCACGAAAGAUGUCUUGUCAGACGAAAUGGGCUUCAAGACCUGGGUGAUACAAGCCUUGGUAGCCUACCUCUCUGUGUCACCUCUCCGCAUCUCCAACAUAGAUGUGGACCACAGCGACAAGUACAUAAAGGUGGCGUUCUACCUCCUGGGCCCGACCCCUUUCCAGGGCGACAUCCCUAACUUCCCCAACCAGAUUCCCUUAGCCACUGCGGUACAGUCCCUCACGAACGGCAUCAAACAGAGCCAGUUGACCGUCACUAUUGAGAUGGGGGCGAACAUGAACGUGAUCCGUCUGACUGCGAUCCCGUACUCGGACAAGCUCUGGGGCUUUACGCCGAUGACGGCGGCUCAACCCGUCACAUCGCAGCCGGAUGAUGAACCUGAGGAUGACCCUGUGCCGGAAGUCGACCCAGCACUACCCGAGGUGGAGCCCAGGAUUUACAAACGAUCUGUGCCUCGCCGCGGGCUCAGGUUGAGCGCAAUUGAACUGUGUGAGGCACCCGCCGAGGGAUACAGCGGGGGCGCACUGGCCGGGAUUGCCAUUGGAAUGUUGACUCUGGGCUUCCUCGUAUGUUUCGGGGCAAUAUUGCUUGGAUCCAAAUAUGGCCGAAGAGCUGCUCGUAGUCAGGGCUACGAAAUGCAGUGAAGCAUCCGAGUGUAAUUCCAUCAUUCAUCUUGUGUCGUAUUAUGUCAGCAAUCAACCCCCGAGAUGUAUUGACUUCGUUACGUGUUGAAGGGUGGUCAUUGUGGAACAUGAGCCGAUAACAGUGGGCACAAUACAGGUUUUACCAGUAGGAUACCACACAUUAUAGCAGCUAGUCAAACAUGGGUUUACCACGAGGAUACGACGCAUUAUGCCAGCAAGUCAAACAUGGGUUUUACAAGUAGGAUAUGACACAUUGUAGCUGCCAGUCAAACACGGGUUUACCAAUAGGAUACGACACAUUACACCAGCAAGUCAAACAUGGGUUUUACAAAUAGGACAAGACACAUCAUAGCAGCAAGUCCAACAUGGAUUUACCAAUAGGAUACGACAAAUAACACCAGCUUGUAAAACAUGGGUUUUACCAAUAGGAUAAGACACAUCAUAGCAGCAAGUCCAACACGGAUUUAGCAAUAGGAUAAGACACAUCAUAGCAGCAAGUCCAACAUGGUUUUACCAACCGGACACGACAAAUAACACCAGCUAGUCAAACAUGGGUUUUACCAAUAGGAUUUGACAAAAAACACCAGCUAGUCAAACAUAGGUUUACUAGUAGGAUACGACGCAUUAUGCCAGCACGUCAAACAUGGGUUUCACCAAUAGGAUUCGACAAAAACACCAGCUAGUCAAACAUAGGUUUACAGUAGGAUACGACGCAUUAUGCCAGCACGUCAAACAUGGGUUUUACCAAUAUGCCAGCACGUCAAACAUGGGUUUUACCAAUAGGAUUCGACAAAAAACACCAGCUAGUCAAACAUAGGUUUACUAGUAGGAUACGACA